GAAGAAAAUUCAAGCGUGCCAUAUAAACAGAAGCCAUGAUGGACGUUUGUGAACUCAUGAAGACAUGUUCAAAGGGCUCAUCGUGCCUUCCGGAGGACACUGGCCCAUGUGCCAAAGCCCCUCAGGUUGCAAGGAUUAAAGUUCAGCUGGAAACAUACAGGCUUUGGCAACAGUUUGACCAGCUUGGCACUGAGAUGAUAGUUACAAAAGCUGGGAGAAGGAUGUUUCCUACAUUUCAAAUACAUAUCACAGACAUGGACCCUACAGCAGAGUAUGUCCUCCUCAUGGACUUCAUUCCAGUGGAUGACAAGAGAUACAGGUACGCAUUCCACAGCUCUUCAUGGAUCAUGGCAGGCCGUGGAGAUGUUGCAAUCCCAGGAAGAGUGCACUUUCACCCAGAUUCGCCGGCACGUGGGGCCCAGUGGAUGAAACAAACUGUCUCCUUCGAUCGCCUCAAACUUACCAACAACCUUCUGGAUGAUAACGGCCAUAUCAUCCUGAACUCCAUGCACCGCUAUCAGCCACGACUGCAUAUAGUGCUCGUGGAUCAAAGUAGAGACAGUCAGCGCUCUGCUCACCGCAACUUCUGCACUUUCUCCUUCCCAGAAACGCGAUUCAUUGCCGUCACCGCCUACCAGAACCACAGGAUCACACAACUGAAAAUAGCCAGCAAUCCUUUCGCUAAAGGCUUCCGCACUCCAGAUGCUAAUAAAUGGUCUGCAGAAGGGAUGUCUCACCUCUCUCGCUCCCUUUUGCCCUUGCACCCUCAAGAGAGCAUACCACACUCAGACACUACUCCUAAAGAGCAGAGGACAACAGAGAAACAGCAUGUAACCCACGGAGUGACCAGUACCACUGAGAGAAAGAAGAGGGGGAGACAUGCUCAGGUCCACACUGCUCCUAUUGUCCCUCUGGUUCAUUACCAAUGGGAUGGUCUUCGGAGACCAGAAAGAAGCUACCUUCAGUAAAGAAAAGUCAGUGUGUUCAUCCUAAACUUGCAUUGUACUGUUUUUUUUUGUCUUAUAAUUUUCUAAUAGUGCAUGAUGUGUGUAAUGAGAAGUUUUUGUCUGCCUGUAUUAUUCUUUCACUUUCACGAUUGUAAUGAUUUACAAUAAACUGCUGCUAUUCUAAUUUGAA